AUGGAGGUUUGGCAGCAACCCGUCCCUGAACAAUCCCCAUCAAGGACACUUUCCUCUGACGAACAGGUGGAAACACAUACACUGGUGGAGUUACGCCCUUCUGUUUCUGCUAUUAUUGCUAUGUCGUCACAUCCAACAACUCUGAAUUUAUUCAUUUCAGAAAAGCUAAAAUAUUUAACUUCGAGAUGUCCGUCUCUGAGAAAGGGCUUGGGUGGAUUGAAAGAAGUGUUGCAGUUGAUAUCAAACAAUGGAUCUAUGGAACAACCAGUGCCUAAGCCAAUGCCGAAAGGGUAUGGAACUGUUAGAUUUGCACAUUUGCUCGGACAUCUCGGCUUGGUUAUGUUUGCCCCUUUCGUUAUAGUUGUGGGGGUUCGGGUUGUGUUGACAUUAUCAGAAGCGGCCAAUGCCAAUGGAAGACACAAGAGAAGCAAAAGAACAGAACGCAGAAGCAUGUUUGAAGUCGAAAUUUAG